CACUCGGUCUUCCAUACACGGACCUGCUGUAACUUUCACUUUUGCUUUGGAGCUGUUUGCGGCGCUGAGUGUGUGUGUGUGUGAGUGUGUGUGUGUUCUGGGUUUGUCGCUUUUCUCACUUGGACAGAAAAAAGUAGCGAAAGAAGAAGCAGAGCAGUUCACAGUUUGUGUGUUUGCUGAAUUUUUGUCGAUCACAUCAUGUCGGAGGUCUUCAAUAAGCAGAACGACGGCCUGGAUGAAGACCGCCAACGGGCGGCGGCCAUGAAAGAGCUGGAGGCCUGGAAGACUAAAGUAGAGAAAGCGGAUGAUAUCAAAGCCAGGCUGGUACUGGAAAAACUGGAAGAGGAUGAAGCCAAGUCAAAGGCCCAGCAGGAGAUGACUGCUUGUGUCAAAAACCAAGGGAAGUAUCAGGACGAAUUUAAUCAAAGCAUGAGCACAGUUCAGGAUGAAAUCAAGAAGAUUGCUAAACAAAAUCAAGAUUUGCUGGAGAAACUGAAGAAAUAUCAGGCUGAGCUGGAGACUAAGAGGGCAGAGUCCUCCAAGCUAAAGCAGAAAUUCAAGAUCUCCGCCCAGAUCCCGGACACAGAGGUAAAUUUCAUUGCUGAGAAUAAAGAGACGAGGGAGGAGGGUGAUGAGGACAGUCAGCCUAUCAGAGGAGUGUUUACCAUCAGCCAGAGAGCUGCUAUGCAUCUGCAGGGAGGACAGGCUCUCAUCACCUUUGAGGAGGAGAAAGUGGCUCGUCAGAUCCUGAAAAUUGCUAAGUGCUCUGUGUCCUGCGAGAACAGCAGUUUGGACGUGAAGCCAAAAAGAAUCACGAUGGAUCCUGCUGUGAAGUUUGAGGUUCACCUUGACGUUUCCAGAAAGGAGCUGAAAGUUUCCAAUAUCCCCCAAUCCAUGCCAGAGGAGAGAAUGAAAGACCGACUGGAAAUUAGUUUCUCCAGGCCCAGCAGAGGAGGAGGAGAGGUGGAGAAAGUGGAGUAUGAUGAGAACACUGGGACAGGGCAUAUCACAUUUCUCCACCCUGGAGUUGCUGAGAACCUUUUCCUGAGAAGAAGGUACCAGGUAGAGCUGGACUCUGAAGUGAACAUGCAAGUUGGACCCAUUUACAACUACCAGCUGCGCAAGUUUCAGACCUUUUGUGGCUGUUCGAAGCGAACCAUCCUCCUGGAUGACAUUCAGGACAUGGUUGAUGAGGAAGACCUGCAGGACCAUCUGGAAAUCCAUUUUCAGAAACCCAGCAACAGCGGUGGUGAGAUAGAGAGCAUUAAGUACAUUGCUAAGGGGAAGUCUCUGGAGGCCUUUUUCUGUGAGGACACGGAGGAGAUGGAAUCAGCUGCUCCCUAAAACAUGUAAGAAGAGCUCGACUCUAGAUGUUAAAAAAAAACAUUUGAAGUAUAUUUCUAAUAUUUUCCAAAUUUCUUGCCCCAACUGAAGUGAUGUAUUUUAAAAAUUUCUUUUAUUUCCUCAGCACAUCUGUGAUGCCAAAAAGACAUCAGUGUAAGGCGCUGAAUAUUAUUGUAGACCAUUACCACUUGAGCGUGCUGUUGCAGUUUAAUUACAUUUAUCUGUGAUUGGUGAUUUAUCUGUGGCUUUUCCUUAUUAGCUCUGUAAAACUGCUAAGAUGUCAGAUACACAGUUGUCCUGUGUAAAAAGAAAAUCUUCACAAUUUAAAACUGUGCUUGAGCUUCUUCUACACUGUGCUUAAUGAAAUAAAUGGAUCCUGAA